ACACUUAGGGCGAAUUAACGCGACUUGGGAUUUUUGCCGCGCCGGGUCUGCGACGGACAGACAGUCAGUCGAUCAGUUAGUCGGUCGGUCAGUCAGUCGGCUAUUCGUUCAUUCAGUCAGUGCGUAUUCGUGUAGUCGGCCGUAGUGUUCGCGCAGGGAGAAACGUGUCGCGCGGCCGCAAGGGCGAAGCUAUCCUGCCUCUCUCUCUCCCUCUCUUUCUUUCUGCCGCGAGUUCGCAUCCCGCGACAUCCGCCGAGUCGGUCCUGCCGCAGCGUCGGUCGAGCUGUGAAAUUCGCGGACGCCGCGUCCCGCGCUCGUUCCCGCGUGUGCCCGUGAUCUCGAAAAACGAUUUCGGCGUGCGGUGCGGACACUGGCGCUGGAUUUCCCGGGACCAUUCGUGGCGCCGGGGAUCACCUGAUCCGCGUGGCGGCCGUGCGCGCACAGACGCGGCUCCUGCUCGUGGCCACGACGUGCCGAGAUAGCGCGUUUUGGACGAUUUUUAUGUGAUAAGCGCCGCGUGUUCAAUCAGCCCGGCACGCGAUAACUACGCCGUGAGAACUCUUAAGUACGACUCCGCAGAGCACGAUUGCAUCGUGACUCCACUCAUCCUCUCUCUCUCUCUCCCCCUCUUUCUCUCUCUUUCUUCCCUCUUCCUCCCCUCUCUAUCUCCGCCUCCCUUUGUCCCUCUUUCUCUUAGUCGCCGAGAGUGAGAGAGCGCGUCGCCUCACGUCGUUGUUUAUCUUGACGAAUUUCGCGCCGCGUCUCGCAGCUUUACCCGGGCUCGAUUUACCGCACUCGUCGUCGCCGUUGUUCUCGUCGUCGUCUUGAAGAGACGAAACGCGCGGCGGAGCGCGUUCGCUCGGCCGAGAAGAGCCCCCCAUCGUCCGUCGCGCGCAAUCCUCAUUGUUUGCGACGGGAUCGCCAUUCAUGCGACUACGCACCGUUAUUUACAAACUGUCGGUCGCAUAACCUAAACUCUCGCGGACGCGCUACGCGUAAAAUUCCUACGUGUCAAGUGGCAGGUGUGCCAGACUCCUCGCCCGACGACGGUGGCCCGCCAGUGAAUUGUGUCAGCGUGUGUACUCUCUGGGCUUUUUCUUCUUUUUCUUUUUUCUUAGGUACGACGCGCACGUGUCGCGCGGAUGCACGAGCAUCCGUCCGCCGUGUGAGACGUCGCGACUUCGCCCGUGUUGCGGCUGUGUGUGAUGCGUUUUAUCGAGUGUACGGAUGCUGUGAGAAUUAUUGCUCAGACGGGAAGAAGGAAAACACAGCCGCUCACGAUACAUACAUAUAUGCAAAGAGAGCCGCCGAUGUUAUCGUAGUCUCAUUCAUCGCACAUACUCGUAUCUUCUGAUUUUCAUUGCGUACCCCGCAACUACUCGCGAGCGACACUUAUUGUGUUUUUUUCUUUUCUUUUUGACGUCACACGUAGCACACGAUCUCCUCGUUCAUCUCGUACAAUUCAAGCAAUGUUUGUAAAUUGUUUGUUAAUGUGAGAUAUCAUUACUUGUGUGAACGCAAAUUGAACAGAAAUUGUUACUUAUCGUAAUAAGACACACAAAGUGAGAGCUGUGCAUGUGUGCGUGUGUAUGUAUGUAUGAAUGUGCUGUCCCUUCAGGUUUUUCUCCCAUAACACCGUCUAAAUGCGCCCAUAAAUUUGGAUCGUGCGUCGCGCAUAAGAGGCGUAAUGUUACUGUAAGAUUGUAAGAUUGUAAACCUGUUGGACACUAACAUAGCAAGUCAUUGAAUAAAGAUUCCUGAAGAAGUGAAAAAAAGAGAAUAUAACGAUGAAACUUUUAGACUUGUCUCGCACCUAAAUGGAAGUAUUAAAAAACAACUUUAAACAGUGCCAUUAAGAAUGGAUCACAUACAGGAAGUGCGGCAGCUGGAGUUGCUAUGCAAACAGUUGUACGAGUCGCAAGAUUCCGCGCAUCGUGCCGAGGCGGAGAAGGCCCUUGUCGCAUUUCAAAAUGCACCGGAUACGCUUACAAAGUGCCAGCUGCUCUUGGACCGUGGGGACUCGGCUUAUGCUCAAUUACUAGCUGCCACGACUCUGACAAAACUGAUAUCACGUUCGGCACAGGGACUCAGCAUGCAACAGAGGCUGGAUAUACGAAAUUACGUACUCAACUACUUAGCAACACAACCAAAGUUACCGAAUUUUGUGAUACAGGCUUUGGUUACACUUUUUGCUAGGAUAUCAAAGCUUGGAUGGUUCGAUUCCGAUAAAGAUGAGUUUGUCUUCAGAAAUGUAGUCACUGAUGUAGCCAAAUUCCUUCAGGGAUCAGUGGAGCAUUGUAUGAUAGGAGUGCAGUUGCUUUCCCAAUUGACAUGCGAGAUGAAUCAAAUAUCAGAAGCAGAUGCAAACAGAUCUCUGACAAAACAUAGGAAAAUAGCAAGUAGUUUUAGAGACACGCAACUGUUUGAAAUAUUUAGGUUAUCGUGUACCUUGCUGAGUACAGCUCGUGAAAAUUGCAAAAGUUUGAAUUUCAAUGAUGAAGCACAGCAUGGUUUGAUAAGACAACUGUUGAAGCUUGCACAAAAUUGUUUAACAUUCGACUUCAUUGGCACAUCAACUGACGAGAGCUCGGACGAUCUUAACACAGUACAAAUCCCGACAAGCUGGAGACCUGCAUUUUUGGAUUUCACCUCAUUGAAGCUGUUCUUCGACCUGUAUCACAGUCUGCCUAAUACGUUAUCGUGUCUAGCGCUCUCGUGCUUGGUGCAAAUAGCUUCCGUCAGAAGAAGUCUAUUCUCCAAUACCGAAAGAGCGAAAUUCCUCACGCACUUGGUUAACGGUGUAAAACAUAUAUUACAAAAUCCUCAGGGUCUCAGCGACCCGGGGAACUAUCAUGAGUUUUGUAGAUUACUGUCCCGACUGAAGAGCAACUUUCAGCUCGGCGAGUUGGUCAUCGUGGAAGAUUAUCCCGAAGCAAUACAGCUUAUCGCAAAGUUCACAGUUCAAAGCCUGCAAAUGUGGCAGUUCGCUCCGAACAGUCUGCACUACCUGUUGACUCUUUGGCAGAGAAUGGUGUCUUCUAUGCCGUACGUAAAGGCCAACGACCCGCAUCUGUUGAACACCUACACUCCCGAGGUGGCGAAUGCGUAUAUUACAUCGAGACUCGAGUCGGUUGCAGUGGUAGUCAGAGAGCAUCUGGAGGAUCCACUGGACGAUUUAGGAGUAGUUCAUCAUCAGCUGGAACAGAUAUCCGUCAUUGGUAGAUGCGAAUAUCAAAAAACGUGUACUUUGUUGGUUCAAUUGUUCGAUCAGGCAGCAACAACGUAUCAAGAGCUACUGACGCAAACAGCAACUCCUACUCAGCAGAUUGAUAUUGCGAUUCAGGAAGGACAGCUCACGUGGCUGGUGUACAUUAUAGGCGGUGUGAUCGGUGGUAGAGUCGCAUUUAACAGCAACGAGGAGUUCGACGCCAUGGACGGCGAACUGGUCUGCCGAGUCCUGCAAUUAAUGAAUCUAACAGACUCCAGGCUCGCGCAAGGUGGCUGUGAAAAAUUGGAAUUAGCGAUGUUGAGUUUUUUCGAACAGUUUCGUAAGAUUUAUGUAGGCGAUCAAGUUCAAAAGAACUCUAAAGUGUACAGAAGAUUAUCAGAUGUGUUGGGUCUUAAUGACGAGGCUAUGGUACUCAGCAUUUUUAUCCGAAAAAUAAUAACAAAUCUGAAAUACUGGGGUAGGAGUGAACAAAUUAUUUCAAAAACGCUACAACUUCUAAAUGACUUGUCUGUGGGCUAUAGUUGUGUUCGUAAACUCGUCAAACUAGAAGAAGUACAAUUUAUGCUCAACAAUCAUACGCGAGAACACUUCCCGUUUUUGGGGAACAACGUUGCUGUGACGGAAAUGCGCUGUAGAUCAAUGUUCUACACAUCUCUUGGUAGAUUACUGAUGGUAGAUUUAGGCGAAGACGAGGAGAGAUUCCAUACCUUUAUGUUACCUCUGACAGGUGCGCUGGAAAGUCUCGGUCAAUUAAUGGGUGCUGCGGACACACCUCUUUUUGCAGCUGAAGAAGCGAAGAAGGCGUUAAUCGGUCUAGCGAGAGAUCUACGAGGCUUAGCUUACGCGUUCAACACCAAGAUAUCCUACAUGAUGCUUUUUGAUUGGAUAUACCCAAAUUACACGCCGAUUUUAUUACACGCCGUGGAGCUGUGGCAUCAUGAGCCACAGGUGACAACGCCCGUCCUAAAAUUAUUCGCUGAGUUAGUACAAAAUAGAAGUCAACGAUUGCAAUUCGAUGCAUCCUCUCCGAAUGGAAUCCUGUUGUUCCGUGAGGCCAGCAAAGUAAUAUGUAGCUACGGAAAUCACAUAUUGAACGUCGAAGUACCCAAGGAUCAGAUUUAUCCCUUGAAACUCAAAGGGAUAAGUAUAUGCUUCAGCAUGUUGAAGGCGGCAUUGUGUGGAUCUUAUGUCAACUUUGGAGUAUUUAGGUUGUAUGGCGACGAAGCGUUAGACAAUGCUCUUAAUACAUUCGUCAAAUUGCUCCUUAGUAUUCCACAGAGCGAUCUCUUGGAUUACCCGAAGCUGUCAGCAACGUAUUAUAUGUUACUCGAAUGUCUGGCGCAAGAUCACAUGGUCUUUUUAUCUACUUUGGAACCUAGAGUUUUUUUGUACAUCCUCUCCAGCAUCAGCGAAGGCCUUACAGCUCUAGAUACUAUGGUCUGUACGGGUUGUUGUGCAACUCUCGAUCACAUUGUAACGUAUUUGUUUAAACAGCUUUAUCAAAAAGGUUACCCAGGGAGGAAAAAUGCUGUUGUUCCUGGAGGAGGAGAUCUAUUUUUAGAAGUUUUGAAACAACAUCCUGAAAUAUUACAACAAAUCCUAAGUACUGUUUUAAAUGUGAUAAUGUUUGAGGAUUGUAGGAGUCAAUGGAGCAUGUCUCGCCCUCUGUUAGGUCUCAUAUUGUUGAACGAAGAAUAUUUUAAUCAAUUAAGGGAAAGUAUUAUUAGAAGUCAGCCAGUUGACAAGCAGGCAGCAAUGGCACAAUGGUUCGAAAAUUUAAUGAAUGGGAUUGAAAGGAAUCUACUCACAAAAAAUAGAGAUAGGUUUACACAAAAUUUAUCAAUGUUUAGAAGAGACAUAAAUGAUGCCCUGAAAGGACCUAAUGUAUCUGCAAAUUCUGUCAGUGAUAUGAUGACUUCGUAGUGAUACUGCUCUCUCUGAAUUAGAUUCUUCUAGGCUCUUGCCUGCCAAAUGCUUGAAUGUGUGUGCGAGUGAAACUCUAAAUUAUGGUGAAAUUAAGUUUAUGGCUUUAGAUGAGUAUAAAGAUAAUAAAAUAAAUACUACCGUUUUACAUAAGCAUUACCGCUUGGCUUCCUAUUCUUCGCAGUUGUUUUUUUAACCGCUUAAUCAAAUACGCAUCGCAUAUUGGUUUGUAAUAAUACUUAUAAUAAUCGCGAAAUUAAACGUAAGGUUCGUUUAUUUUCACGACGCACUUAUGAUUUUAUACACAUUAGUGUUUUUAAUGUACAUUCUGACUAUGAUUGAAAUAGAAUUAGUGACUUUUUUUUCU